AUGCCUCCAUUCCGCAACUUCCUAGGACGAAAGUCCCAACCCAAUGGGGAUCCCACUGUCUUGGAUGAGAGCCAUCUCUCUCCAAACCAACGCCCUGCGCCCAUACCGAUCCGGAGUAGCCAGGAUGAACCCACCGAGUACAAAUUGAGUGUGGUCAACGACAGCGGUGUCUAUCUUCCGCCUUCUCCCCCAGAGCGGCCGAGUUUCUGGCGCCGGUACCCGGGCUCCAACAAAUCCAUUAACCAUCGAGAUCUCGUUGAUGAGAAUGAGCCUUUCUCCAUCUCUCGCGAGUCCUUUGACUCUUAUCGCCGAUCAUUUGAUAUCUCCGCUCGCUCACCCAUCAUACAUCCCGAUGCUGGUCCCUCUCGAACUUCUCUCGAUUCUCGAUUCUCUCGGUUAACCCCGUCGGGCACUCACUCCAAUAGCCUCACCAAGUCUGAAAUCAUGGAGGAAGAAGCCUUCGAAGAAGUAGGGUUAAACGACGAGGCGAAACCUAAGAAGAAGGGUUUCCUCUCCAGAUUCGGCGACUCUAAUAACGAUGCGCAACCACCCGGGCCCAAGUCUUCUACCUCGUCCUUCAACUUCCAUAUUCCCGGCCGGAAGCGCGGCCAGAGUGGCGGCGGAUCAGAACUGGCGUCUGUGAAAGUCCCCCCUCUGCACCUGCGCCCACCGAUGAGACAUGAAAUGAUGAGUGAUGAGCUAUGUUUAAUGCGUUGUGAUUCUCUCUACGGCGUUUCGGGUUUGUUUCGGGUGAUGUAA